AUGUUUUUUAAAAACGCAACUGUGGCUCAAGUUUAUGACUGGGUUGGGUCUAUUGAGAUAGUUCCCGAAUAUUUCAGACUUAUUACCCCUAUUGCUGGAAAAGUUUUAUUACCGGAGAAUCCGAUCACAGAGGCGGCCAAAUGCGUUUUAAAUAUGUGUGAAACGGAAGACGCACUUUCGCUAGUCCAUGAUGAUAGUGAGAUAAACGCAAUUGGCUAUGCACAAACAGUUUUUGGAGACAAUAUUUCAGAAUUUUUUCCAGAUAAUUUUAUGGAAGAAGAUGAAGAGGAUAACGCUGGUACAAAGGUGAGUGUCAUCUUUCAGCACACCAAUUAUCUCAGGUUCUUUUGUACUCAAUAAAAGGAUUUAGAAAAGGCCUAAAAUGUGCGAAUUUUGCAUUGUAAUCAUGGCAAGGGAUAUAACAUGUACGACUAUAGCAGUGUACUAUGACUAAUUUCCCAAUCAAAGGCCCUAAAAAUACGUUACCCAUAUAGGCCACUCUUGUCCGUUUUCAUGCUAUAUAAUUGUAUAAAAAUGUUAUGAAAUUUUACAUAAAUUGCAUUUAUAUUAUUUAUAAAUCGAAAUGUAUUACAGAUUACAAAGGAUUUUACAUAUCAAAAUGAUCUAUUAAUAUUUCUAGUUUUUUUCCCUCGUAAUCUCGAUAAGGCAGCGGUUUUUACCAUUCAAUACUACAUUUUGGUAGGUCUUUUUAGUGUAAAUUGAAUAUUUAUCGUUCUAUAUAUAUAUAAGUUAAAUCCUUCGCCAAAAUUUUCAAGAACUAGAAAUUAGUUGUAAAUAACAAAACAGUCCUGAAAUAAUACACGCGGGUAGCCUGCGUGAAACCUGACUUUCAGGCUGCACGCAGGCUAGACGCGGGUGGCGGACCAGAAACUAAAGAUUAACUUGUAGUGGCCUUAUCUUAAUACAGUAUUUAUUAAUUGACUUUAUUUAUUAUAAAGUUACAGAACAUUACACGGUACGGUGGCUUGAAGAUAUGACUUUUAUCUUCUCGUGUUAAAAACAAUAUUUUACUCACUCGCUGCGCUCGCGUUCGUAAAUUAUUGUUUUCACCACUCGAAGAUAAAAGUCAUAUCUUCGCGCCGCCGUGUAAUAUCCUCUAUUUAUUGUUGUAACUGAUCUAUUAUAUGGCCGUGGCAACAUAUAUAUAUAUAUAUAUAUAUAUAUAUAUAUAUAUAUAUAUAUAUAUAUAUAUAUAUAUAUAUAUAUAUAUAUAUAUAUAUAUAUAUGUAUAUAUGUGUGUGUGUGUGUGUGUUUUGCCAUGGCCACAGUGACGUUUUAAUAUGUACCUCAUAGGUUAUCCUAUUAUAAUUGAAAAAUUGAUACAAAUCAAAUCAAUUUCGUUGUAGACGUUGUGGUUAAUAUUUAAUAUGCCCAAUCCGUCUGAACCGAAACGGAACCUAAAAUAUUUCAAUUCAUUGCAGGAUUUUCUUACUAUUCGCCACCAAGAACUUGAAAAGCUAUGUAGAGAAGGAAACUCACAGCAGGUAACUGUCAGUCGCCCAAACAUCGUAGAAGAUAUGAUGUCGGCAUAUGCAGACCCGGAUAUCGUCAAGAGGUUUAUUACAAUACGGUUUACCGAAGAGUGUGGCGUUGAUUUCGACGGAAUAAAGCGAGAAGCAUAUUCUCUCUUCUGGGAAAAUGCAAUCCCGCGUUUCUUCGAAGGAACAUGCACUUUUGUUCCACACAUUAGCCCGGGGAUUGAAGAAAACGUGUAUACCGUUCUGGGAAGAAUAUUAUGGCAUGGGUUUGUCCUUUCUGGUGUUUUCCCGAUUUCAAUAAACAAAGUUUUCCUUGCUUUGGUGCUUGCUGGGAAGGACAGUAUCAGUGACGAAGAUUUCCUGGAAGGUUUUUUGGAGUACGUUAGUUCAUACGAGAGGCUCAAGCUGUCCCAUAUUAUGCAGGAGAAAGAACUUUCUCAAGAAAGUAACAAUUUCUUUGUUGACUUCAUGUCAGAGUUUGCUGUUUCCAAAUUGCCAACACCGGAAAAUAAGAAGAAUGUCUUGAUUAGUGUUGGUAAAACUGAACUGUUCAGUAAGCCGCGUAUGGCUAUGGAUUCCUUAAAGGAAGGUUUUCUUUAUGGAAUCAGCGACGGCACGGUUUUCACGAAACAAACUGUGUUCAACAUUUACAAGGAGUUGUCGGUGACUACGGACAAAGUCCUUUCGCUUUUCACCAUUGAAGACCUUUCUACUAUGACGAAAGCAAAAGAGGCUGUUUUUACUUAUCUCAAAAGAUACGUUCGAAAUCUUACAGAAAAGGAACUUCCACUCUUGCUACGAUUUAUCACUGGCAGUGCAACAUACUCGGGCGAACACAUCAAAGUAAUAUUUCAUUCGUACACUGGCAACCUACCACACGUGUUGCUGCAUACCUGCUCUUCCAUCAUAGAUCUUCCAAAUUCUGGAUAUGACAAUUUUAAUGACUUUAGAAUGCAGUUUGACGAAGUCAUUAAGAACCCUGAGUCGUGGCACUUUCAUUCUAUGUAG